AAUUACGAGAGUAAUUGGAAAUAAAAAGUAAUUUUGAACAUUGGGAAAAUGACGACUUUGGAGGACAAGAGCAUAUGGGAAGAAGCAGAGGCUGCUUUGGGAGAUGAUGUCCUAAGAAUGGGUGUAGAAGAAAUAAUCAGUAGAGCCAGACUACUGGACAACGAUGUGAAGAUUAUGAAAAGCGAAAUUGCACGAAUUAGUCACGAGCAACAAAGCAUGAAAGAAAAAAUAAAGGAAAAUAACGAGAAGAUUAAAGUGUUCAAAGUACUUCCUUAUUUGGUAUCAAAUGUAGUAGAGCUCCUGGAUAUAGACCCAUUAGAACAGGAGGAGGAAGAUGGCGGUCAUAUGGAUUUAGACUCUCAAAGAAAAGGAAAAUCUGCCGUAAUAAAAACAUCAACAAGACAAACAUAUUUCCUGCCAGUCAUUGGCCUUGUUGAUCCAGAGAAGCUCAAACCAGGAGAUUUAGUGGGUGUGAAUAAAGACUCUUAUCUUAUAUUGGAUACGCUUCCUCCCGAGUAUGAUUCCCGUGUGAAAGCAAUGGAGGUUGAUGAGAAACCAACAGAAACGUAUGGAGAUAUUGGUGGACUUGACAAACAAAUUGAAGAAUUAGUGGAGGCCAUUGUCCUUCCAAUGACUCACAAAGAAAAGUUUGAAAACAUAGGGAUACAGCCACCUAAAGGCGUGUUAUUAUACGGACCUCCUGGAACUGGGAAGACUCUCCUGGCAAGAGCUUGUGCAGCUCAAACUAAAGCCACUUUCCUUAAGCUGGCAGGACCUCAGUUAGUACAGAUGUUUAUCGGUGAUGGUGCCAAAAUGGUACAAGAUGCCUUCGCUUUAGCAAAGGAGAAAUCCCCAGCAAUCAUAUUCAUUGAUGAAUUAGAUGCAAUAGGCACUAAGCGUUUUGCUAGUGAGAAGGAAGGAGAUAGAGAAGUCCAGAGAACAAUGUUAGAGCUACUCAAUCAGUUAGACGGAUUCAGCUCUACCAGCGAAGUCAAGGUCAUCGCAGCUACCAAUAGAGUAGACACACUUGACCCUGCCCUACUAAGAUCAGGUCGGUUGGACAGGAAGGUCGAGUUCCCGUUACCGACUCAAAAGGCUAGGGAGCAGAUAAUGAAGAUUCACUCAAGAAAGAUGAACGUUAGCACUGACGUUGAUUUUGAGGAACUGGCUCGCUGCACUGAGGACUUUAAUGGUGCUCAGUGCAAGGCUGUCUGUGUUGAAGCAGGUAUGCUGGCAUUAAGAAGAGGAUCAACAGAGUUGUCUCAUGAAGAUUACAUGGAUGGGAUAAUGGAAGUUCAAGCAAAAAAGAAAAACAAUCUUGUUUAUUAUGCUUAAUGGUAACAAACAUUGUAAUCAUUAUUAUUAUUAUUAUUAUUAUUAUUAACAUGACAAGCAGUUAAUAUAAAUUAUAUUUAAACAUA